AUGAGGUCUCUACAAUUAUCUGUACAGUCCCUCCUACAGAUGUCUCAAACCAAAUCACAAGAUUUUAUCAAUCAUAUUGAUAAUGUCCACAUGGUUUGGCUUGAGGAGAUCCAACAAGUGGCCAACCUUAUGUUUUCACGGGAUGCCAAUUCAGAACCAGAGUUGAUGCCUAAAACACCAUCACAAAAGAAGAAUAGUCGCAGGAAGCGUGUGUCUUUUGGCCGGCAAGAAGAAAGUCAAAUCAGGCGAAGAUUCUCCAGGCAUAGGCGCAGUAAUCUCCGUGGUUCCUCUGUCACACCAUUCAACUUAAUUGCUGAAGAAACCAAGCAAGAUGUUUCUACAGCUGAAACCAGCACAAGCACACAGCCAAAACGCAACACUAGAAAAAACAAACAAACCAAGGCAGCCAUUACAGAGGAUGGGAAUCGGCUGUCUCAAGCAAGCUCUGAUGUCGAUGGGAGUCAGCUGUCUCAAACAAGCUCUGAUGUCGUAGAUGAGAUACAGCCCGAGAUGGCGAAAGAUGGAGAUGAGGCCAAACAAAGUGAAGCGGACAACGCCGAUAUCCAGUUAUGCGAGCCAGAUGAUGCAAGCCAGUCUCCAGGAAAAAUAUCUACACCUAUUGUCAGCAUCUCUGCAUCAGAGCGUUUGUCUGCUGAGCAAGCAAUACAGCCCCAACCCUCUCCUGUACGCACCGCUGCUAAAAUUGCCAUAGCUAACAAGCGUAGAAGUUCACGGCGGAGCUCUGUCAAAGUGUGCUACUCCCGGGCCAGUCUACGUAACAGAAUGACAAAGGAGUCUCUGCGCCGUGCUUCGCAACAAUCCAUGCUGAAAAAGAAUACACCUCGCAAGGGCAACUCGUCAUGCAGCAGCAACAAUGAGGCUGAUUUUUCCUGUGAGUCCGUGGAAAAGAUGGAUGCAAUAGUGUCAGAAACUUCCACCGCAGAUCUGAUGGUUGAUGGCUCGGAUGAUUUUUUACAGACUACCAGCAAUGAGCAUCCCUUUUUGGCACGCGUUACUCGUUCAGUAGCGGCCAACUCCCCUAAACUGGCCCCACCUUCACUCUUUACACCAGAGAGGAACAACUGGCACACAAGAACAGUUGUCACUAGCACACAACAGACGCCACAGGCUAAACGGAGGUCCUCUAAGAGCAACAAGCGCAAAGCACCCUAUACUACAGCAGAAAGCCCAAAGAGGUUCUCUCCUCCCAAGAAAAGUCAGAAUGUAGUCAAACCGAAUAUGAGAUCAUUUCUUCACACUGUGCAGAAGAAUCAGAUUCUGAUGAUGACUCCAAAUUCCUUCAACCGUACUUCUGUAAUCAAGUCCUUCAUUAAGCACACCACUCCUCUGAAGGUUGAUUCAAAGAUGAACAUGACUACAGUGGCAAAAGAGCGCCAAAAGCUGGAAGCACUUAAAAAGAAGCAGGAACAGGAAGAGGAGAGAAUGAGGAAACUGGAGGAGGAGAAGAAAAAGAAGCAAGAGGAAUACAAAAGGAAGAGGGAUGAGAGGCUACGAAAAGUUUUAGAGGCUAAAGUGAAAGAAGAACUGAGAGAAGAAGAAAAGAAGAAAAAAAUAGAGCAAAAAAUGGCUCAUAUUGAUGAAAAAAAUGAUAAGCGCCAGGCGGCAGAGCUGGCCAAAAAACGACUGGCCAUUAAACGUCAGGACGAUCUUGAGCAGAAACGAAAGUUGGAAGAAGAAACUAAAAGGAAGAAGCUUCAACUAGAGGAGGAGGAGAAGCGCCAGCAAGAGUUGCUGGCUAAGAAGGCCAAGGAGGAGGAAUUAAAAGCAAAGAAGCUGGCUGAAGCUCGGAAAGCUUUAGAGCUAAAGAGGGAGCGUGAGCGGGAGCUUGAAAGAGAACGCCUAGCGGCUGCUGAAAGGGAACGACUUGAUAGAGAGAAGGCACUUGCUCUGCAGCGUGAACUGGAGAGAGCAGCAAGAGAGAAGGAGAGAAGAGAACUAGAGGAGAAAAAGUUGCUUGAGGAAAAAAGAAAGCAGGAGGAGCAGAAGAGGUUGGCUGCAGAGGAAAAAGCUGACAAAGACAGAAUGGCUGCUGCUGCUGCUGCUGCUAAAGAAGCUGCUAAUGCAAAGACUGCUACUGCUCUAAAUGUGACUAUGGAUAUUGAGCGCUCUGUAAUGAGCACACCGGCAGCAAAAGUUGGUGGCCUCAAUGUCACUGUGGCUGUUGAGAAAUCACCACAGUCAUACACAAUAACACCAAAGGGUAACAACAAAACUUUGAGUUGCUCCAAGAAUCCAGAUGAUUAUGGAAUGGACCAAAACAGUGAUGAUUCUACUGAUGAUGAGUCCGCGCCAAGAAAGCCAAUUCCAUCUUGGGCUGAGGGUCACAAUCUACAACAGAUCAUAAUGAAGCAGUACUUCAACCCUCCUGACUUGGAGGCUUUCUUUGGAAUAAUCGAGCCGCCAAAACUGGAGAAUCUGUUUAAUAAAAACAAACCACGCUACUUCAAACGUACCAGCUCUGCUGUUUGGCACUCGCCACCAAAUGGAAAAACACUGCUGUGA